CUUUGCUUUUCAUCUUUAUUGCUUUUGAGUCGGAAGGAAGAACACAAUGGAUAUGCGACUUCUUGAAGUUUGUCCCAACGAAUUGAAGUUUACUUUUCAAGCAAAGAAACAAGAGUCAUGCAUAAUUCAACUUAAAAAUAACACAUAUGACCAUGUUGCUUUUAAGGUUAAGACCACAAACGUUAAGAAAUACUGUGUACGACCAAACAUGGGUAUCAUCAAACCAUUGAACUCUUGUGAAGUCAUAUUUACUAGGCAAGCACAAAGCGUGGCUCCACUUGAUAUGGUGUGCAAAGACAAGUUCUUAAUCCAGAGCACCGUGGUUCCUAUUGAGACAAAUGUUGAUGAUAUAACAUCCACUACAAUGUUUGGAAAAAGUGGUAGCAAGAACAUAGAAGAGACGAAAUUGAAUACAAUCAUUGUUAGCCCAAAUGUUGAACCAUUGAGGAAAGAGAUGGCUAUUGAAGUGUUAGAUCAAAGUAAUGAUGAGCAAAUGGAAGAGUUGAAGUUGAAGAUCACUAAGCUUGAAGUAAAGCUUCAUGAGGCCAUGGUUGCUAUUUCAAAGCUAGAACAGGAGAGGCCAAGCAAUCCUAAAGCCAAAUCCUUCAAGAACAAUUGCUCAAUUCUUUGAAACAAUCAUUUAAUGCCAUUAUGAUUGUGUUAAGCUUUUGAUCGGUAAAUAUUCCAAUGAUGACGUUUUACUUUGUGCAUACGACGAUGUGACAAACAAUGACAUAUUCGAUGUUGAAAUGGAUCGAUGGAAACUAUGUCAUGGUGUAAUUGCUUUA